UAAUGUUUUCCUUGACGAUUCCUCAUAAUUCCUGAUUUAACCAAUAGAACCCCAUGUAUCUACUAAUGUUUCAGCAGAAUGACAGCAUCGAUCCCAGGAACUCUCCCUCAUUCUGCCUGAUCUGUCACACACUGAUUCCUCUGUACAGACACACCUCUGUAAUCUCAGUCACCUGCCUCGCACAGCCAUUACCAUCUCAAAAACCAACCUGUGCAACAGGUGCAACUAGGAGGAGACAGGUAGGAGGGUCGGGCUUGUGAAACUUGCCAAACAAGAGGCACGGUUUCCCUUUUAAGCACAGAGGGUUGUACUUGGCAUUUCCAUACAGGAUGUAGAUCCUGGAGAACUUAUAACCUGCUGUUAGUUUGCUUCUGUCAACCAACUCACUCCAUUGGGUGGAGUCCAGUGUGGGACCUCUGACCUCUCCAUCCUGGUAACAUGGAAUCGACCAGAGGAGACUUAGUGCUGGGGUCCAUAUUCGAACAACAGGAAGACUUGUUUAACUCGGAGGGGUUUUCAGGAACGGAUUCUGGCACGUUUCCUCUGUCUGAGCCUCACGGUUUUUCUGUUGAGAAGUUAUACGAAGACUGGCAUGCGAGCAGAACUACUGGGCUGGAUGAGCGAGAAGAUACUGAUGAGUACUUGCAGAUGAUGAUUAACCCGAAUGAGGUCUACAACACGGAGACGGGAAUGUCUGAAUCCCCUGAGAGUGACAGUGGGUUCUCAGAUGAUCCACAACCCGAUGAUACACCCGUUCAGGGGGAGCCAAGUACACCACUGCCCCAGCCUACACCCGUGUAUGAACUGAUUUAUGAUGUUAGCUCUCUGGAGGACAGGAGAGGCCAUAACGAGAUGAGCAGUGUAAUCUCAAUUCAGCUUGAGGACUGGCCCUCUCCAGUGCUUAUACCUGACAGCUGUAUAGUUAACGAACUGCCAUCUGUUCACAUGCCAGUACCUUGCAAGUCUACAGUUCUACCCAUUAGAGACAACACACAAGACCUGCUCUCCAUGGACUCACUGUACCCAGAGCUGCACCUGACUGAAGAGGAGAAAAGGCUUCUUUCACAAGAAGGGGUAGCCUUGCCUAAUAACCUUCCACUCACUAAGGCAGAGGAACGAAUUCUAAAAAAGGUACGGAGAAAGAUACGCAAUAAGCAAUCAGCCCAGGACAGCCGAAGACGGAAGAAAGAAUAUAUUGACGGACUGGAAAGCAGAGUCACUGCUUGCUCCAUGCAGAAUCAGGAACUGCACAAAAAGGUUGUGGAACUGGAAAAGCACAAUAUCUCCCUGAUCACUCAGCUCCGUAAACUUCAGACCCUCAUCAAACAAACAUCCACCAAAGCUGCUCAGACCGGCACAUGUGUCCUGAUCCUGGUCUUUUCUUUGGCCCUGCUCAUCUUCCCCAGCUACAGCCCACUGCACUCCCGAGCCACUAUGAAUGAUGUCACCACUUACAGACCAACGGGAGUAAUCUCCAGAAAUAUUCUGAACAAGGAGGGAUUCUCAGAGGUGACAGAACAGCCAGUUGUGGACAGUACUCCUGAACUUCAACCAGAGCAGAAGAUGCAAGACCAUCAGUUUGUUCCUCAGUCCACCUUGGACAAAGAAGGGCCUGAUCCACAAAGAAAUGAUCUGGGUGGCUCCCUGGAAGGAGAACCAUUAGGGGAGAAGGACCCUCUAGAGUCCAGAGGUGAGGUUCUGGCACUUAAAGUGGAUCUUCACAAAGGAACCCACAGCAAAGAUCUCUCAAAGAUGGCACGUGGGGAUGAGAUGUGAAAACCAUAAUUCAUACAGUACGUUCUAGAGAGAAUAAAAGACUCAGAGGUUUCUGGAACUAAAAGUUGCCUCUUCAAAUUUAAAAAAAGCUGGUGUUUCAGUGCUGCCCAAUUUAGUGCUUCCAGAGCUUGCCUGGUGUUGACACGUCAUAAAGGAUGAAAAAAUGGAGGUUGUGAAAUCAACUGCUGGGUCACAGGUGUCCACCAUACACCCUAAAAACACAUAGACUGCUAAUAAAGUACAUACUAGAGUACUGACACACACCUGUAUACACAUAAAACAGGUAGAUUAUAACAUUUUGACCAGAAUACCAAUCAUGCACAUAAAGACACGAAGGGACAAUAUACACGUAACACGAUAACUGCCAAAACACACACAUGUACACAAUAUAUGCUAAUCAGUAGCAUCUUUAUCGAUGUGUAGUUUACAAACAAAUUUAUCUAACAAAUCAAUGUGCAUUAGAGUUGUGUAAUUUAACUAAACUAACAAUAAGUAGAUUACACACUUACGGAAAGGUACACAACACUGUUUACAUAGAUAAGGGCACUGCCUCGGUCCGUUUCCUGUUACUUGCCUUAACAUUUAUUCCCUGAUAUUCAGAGAAAUGUUUUAUAAUAUUUAUACAGAUGAUUUUUGUUGUUGUGGGGGAAAUUAAAUAUUCUUUGAAAC